AUGUGGGAUCCCACAGUGGUGCAAUUUGAUGCUCUGGACAUGACUGAUCCGCUGAUAUGUGGAAAGUUGAGGAUGCUAAGGCUGAAUCUUACUAUUGGCUUUACAGCUGUUUAUAGGUUGCAUACAAUGCCGGACAGAAGGAAUUUGUGGGAGAAACUAAAGGAGUUGCUACAUAAUAAUCCUGAUCCUUGCCUGAUGAUGGGGGAUUUUAAUGCAGUCCUCACCCCUGAUGAUAGACCUAUUGGCUCACCAAUCCAGGAUAGUGAAACAAAGGAUUUUAGAGAGUUCAUGUUGGACACUGGGAUGAAUGAUAUACAAACUUAUAGGAGAGAAUAUGCUUGGACUAACAAUCAUAGUUAUAGCCGAAUUGACAGGGCCAUUGGUAAUGCUAGCUGGAUGACUACAUAUGCAAAUUUGAAAACACACAGCAUGGAACCCCAAUUCUCUGAUCAUUCACCUUUGAAGAUUUGUGUCCAGAUGCCUACUAAAAAUAUUGCUAAACAAUUUAAGUUCUUCAACUGCUUAGCUGAUUAUCAGGACUUUAUACCACUGAUUAGUGCAGCUUGGGGAGAAACUAUAGAGCAUACAUCCAUGAUUGAGGUAUGGAGGAAAUUGAAAAAAGUGAAGCAAAGCUUAAAAACACUAAACUCAACUCAGUUCAAAGGCACAGGGGACAAAAUCAAGUUACUAAGGCAGCAACUUCAGUCUGUGCAGAAGCAAAUGUCCCAACCUGUUCACCAACAAUCAUUGAUAGAGGAAGAAAAAGCAUUCAGAGCAAAACUGGAAGAAUGGGAUAAGAUUGAGGAAAGUGUAUUUCAUUAG